AUGGAUGACAAUUUAAUACAGAUGGAUGACAAUUUAAUACAGAUGGAUGACAAUAUAAUACAGAUGGAUGACAAUAUAAUACAGAUGGAUGACACUAUAUUACACAUGAAUGAAGAGGAAACAGACAACAUAGAUAUAGAUAAUAUUUCAAUAGUUAGUCAAUUACCAACUUUACCUCCAAGAGUUCCAAAAAGAGGACGUCCAAAAGGUAAAGACAAAACUGCUAUUGGUAUCGCAAAACGAAAAAAGGUUUCAGGUUUAGUUCCUUUUGAAAAACUUGAUGUUUUGACGAGACAUUUUGAAAUGUUAAUAUGGUUUGUGGAUAAGGAUGUGGCCAGUAUUGCGGUAUCUGGAAAUGGAUUUAUAAGUGAAACGGCAAUUGAGAAUAAUCCAAAUAAUAUACAUUGUGCUGUUUUAGACAGUAACCUUGCGAUUGAUGAUAUCAAAAGGUAUUUUGACAACGACGGCUGGGCUGCUCUAAAACAAGUUGUGGAUAUAAAGCGAAUAAAUCCAACAUGGAUAUGCAAAUGUUGCAAUGAGGAUUCAUCGAACAAUUCGAUUUGUUGCAAUAGAUGUCUAGAGUGGUUCCAUUUUAAAUGUGUUAAUGUUAAAACAACAUUAAAAAAAAAAAUAUGGUUUUGCAGAAUCUGUAAAGAAACUUACGAUUGA